AAGGGCGAUCUUCUCUGUUGGCAUUAAAUGCUGCUGGGCCGCUCCGUGAUGCGUCGUCUGUUAAUGUGGAACACUGAAAGCCAACACCAAGAUAGAGUCCAAAUCCUACAGCCAACAUGGCCACUGAAAAAAGACUGUCUGCUAGACGCAAGCAUACUCUGAAGAGCUGCAUGCUUGUGGUCGCAAACAAUUUGCUGGAGGCUGAAUCUCAGGUGAAGGCCAAAGAGAGGGAGACGUUUCUGGCGGAGAAAUGUCCUCCUUUGGAUGUGCCGUAUUCCAGGGAAGAACUAGUGGAACUUUGCAAGAAACUUCAUCAGCAGAUCAACAUCAGUGAAGAGGAGAGAUACUGCACAGAAUUCAAACUGAACAUGGUCCUCAAUGAGGUCAGGGACCUAAACAUCAAGAUCGUGGAUCUCAGAGGAAAGUUCAAAAGACCACGACUGAAGAAGGUGCGUAUGUCCGCCGACGCCAUGCUGAAGGCUCUGCUGGGCUCCAAACACACGGUCAACAUGGACCUGAGGGCCAACCUGAAGCAGGUCAAGAAGGAGGUCAAAGAGGAGGACAAGCAGCUGCGUGAUGUGGGAGACUGGCGCAAGAACAUUGAAGACAAGUCUGACAGGAAGAAGAUGUUUGACAGUUAAAUAUUGUAUCUAUCAAUGUCUAACAGCCCUAACAGAAGGAUGUUUUUUUUAGGUGGUGCUUAGAGGUCAUGAGCUGUCAAUAUCACACUUACAGAAGAAAAUGUUCUUAUGGUCUUACUAACUUUCUAAAAACAGCUACUGACUAGACAGUUUGUUCAGGUAUAAAACAAACAUUCAUAUUGUGUAUGCCUUGGUUAUAACCUGAACUCAUCAACAUGGAAUGAGAAGCUGAACUUGUCUUGCUACUUUUCUGGUUCUGAUCACUUCAGCAGGUUGUGAUAAAGCUGAAGCAACUUUAAUUUGAAAUGAUAAGAUUGAAUCGUGGCGUAAGUGUGACAGAGGAUGAGAGUGACACAACAGAGUUUUCCUCAUAUUUGAAGGAUUGUUGUUUUUUGAAGCAGAGUCCAUUUCCACCAUUUUAAAGGUGUAAUUUCAGGCAGAUGUGUUGCACACAACCACUUAAUUAUUUUCUGAAACAAGUUUUGUUUCAUCAUUUUGAAGACAUUCAGUGAAUUAUCUGCUGUGAGUAAAUCAUUGACAACUCAUAGCCCCUCAGCAGAAUCCCACUAAAAAUCUCAGAACUGUCCCUUUGAUCACGGUUUUUAGGGCUAAGUCGAAGGUGAUGUCAUCGUCUGCACACGUAGGAAACUUUACAGGUUUAAACUGUAGCAAAAUGCUUUUCCAACAAAAAAACCAAUAGAAUUUACAAAUACUCCUGAUCGUCCGAUGUAGAUCAGGAGUAUGACCUCUGGCUGGCCAUACUAAAGUUUUAAUAAGUUUAAAAACUGCAUCUAUGUAAUGCAUUACAAGAAAGUAAUACUUGUCAUCCUUCUUAAAAGACAAUUAACAAUGAGAUUAGAACUGAGUGUAAGUACAGCCCUUCACAUUACAUUUUAUUCAAAAUUACUGCAAGGAAGAACUGGAGCCUGGAUUUUAGAUGCCACUUUUCACAGCAAAAUCUCUUAUGAACUUAUGAAAAGACAAGAAUUACUAAUAUUAAUGCCAAAUUUCCCCCAUUUAUGUCUGACGAUAAUGGCUUUUUUUCUGUUUUUUUUCUUUGCUUUGAUUCUUGACCUGAGAUAUGAUUUUCCUUCCUAUUAUAGAAGAGACAGAAAUUCAUUCAAGCUUCCUUUGGAGUCCUUAUUUGAAAAGCUUUAAAACAGCAGUUUAAUGUAAAAAUUAACUAAACAUCAAAAUGUUCAUUCUGUUUCAUGUAGCAUGUUGUCAUCUUGUCUAAGAAAAUCUCAAAUUAAAUGCAGACGCCUCAUCUCAUUUGUUGUUGGACCUAAAGUGUUUUCUUCAUUAGAGGAAUUUCUUGUUUUACAUGGGGAGUUGUGAGCUGAGUCAAGUUGCUGUUGUGAAACUAUGAAGUAAUUAAAACAGCUGCUUUCCUAACA